GCCCCCCCCCUCCCUUCCUUGGAGCACCGAGUCUUGGAGACAGUGCUUCACUCGCCUUGCUUACAUGAGCCAGCAGGAUGCGGCUGCGGUCCUUGCACUCUCCGAGCGCCUCCUUGUAGCCUCGCACAAGGGCCAGGCUGACAAUGUGGUCCAGCUCAUCAACAAGGGCGCCAAAGUAGCAGUCACCAAGUACGGCAGAAGUCCCCUGCAUCUGGCCUCCUAUAAGGGCCACACCGAGGUUGUGCGCAUUCUCCUGAAGGCCGGCUGCGAUCUGGAUAUCCAGGACGAUGGUGAGCAGACAGCCUUACACCGGGCAGCCGUGGUGGGAAACAGUGAUGUUAUCUCUGCCCUCAUCCAGGAAGGGUGUGCUCUGGACAGACAGGACAAGGACGGUAACACUGCUCUGCAUGAGGUCUCAUGGCACGGCUUCAGCCAGUCUGUCAAACUGCUGGUCAAGGCCGGAGCCAACGUUCACUCAAAAAACAAGGCAGGGAACACAGCCCUCCACCUGGCCUGUCAGAACGGCCACGCUCAGAGCUCCAAGGUCCUGCUGCUGGGUGGCUCCAGGCCCGACAGCAAGAACCAUGUGGGUGACACAUGUCUGCAUGUAGCGGCCCGCUACAACCAUGUGUCCAUGCUCCGCAUCCUCCUGGGAGCCUUCUGCUCCGUGGCAGAGAAGAACCAGGCUGGGGACACACCGCUGCAUGUUGCAGCAGCGCUGAAUCAUAAGAAAACAGUGCGACUUCUGCUGGAGGCUGGAACAGAGAGCAACAUCCGCAACAACGCAGGCCAGACUGCACUCGACCAGGCCAGAGACCACAACAACCCAGACAUAGCUCUGCUUCUGACCAAAGCACCUCAGGUCCAGAGCUUCACCCGAGGCAGGAGUAUGAGGAAGAGGAGGGACAAGCUGAUGGCUGAACGCCGAGCACAGUCUGUGCCCAGGGAUGAGAUGCUCCCCAGGAAGUUUUGUUGUUCCUCACAGGACAGUGCAUCUGCUGCUGACGACACCCACAGCAGCGACCUCGUCGCCCGCAAACACGAGGUGAUCGAGGCGAGCACAAACAGGAAGCUCAAAGAGAAGCCCUCCGUCUCUGACCCCCUCCGCCGUAGAGAGAACAAACACAGAGAGAAGAGGCGGGGCAAACUGCGUGGCUCCUCCCCCCAGCCCCCGCCUCACAACUACAAGGCCUAUCAGCUGUACACUCUGUACCGUGGCAAGGAUGGCAAGAUCAUGCAGGCGCCUAUCAAUGGCUGCCGCUGUGAGCCUCUGAUCAUCAAGCUGGAGAACCAGCUGGAGGCCACCAAGGAGGAGAUGAAGACGGAGAUCCACACGGUGCAGGACCUGAUGAACAACAAGAUGGGACAGUUGGACCGCAAGAACAAACAUCAGAUCCGUGCUCUAGAUAAGAUGACAGUAGAGAGGGUGUCAGCAGAGAGGACAGAGUGCCAACACAGGAUCGACCAGAGGGCCAUGCAGGAGAGACAGGAGGGGGAGAAGAGACAGCAGGCAUCAGUGGUGAACGAGCUGAAGAACUGGUGCAUGGCCAAGCUCCAGAACAUUGAGGUGCGCUUCGCUGGAGACCCCCGCAACGCCAAGCUGCGUCGGUCCUCAUCCAUGGCUGAGGGCCUGUGUGAGGUGGACCCUGGGGGCAGCUUCCAGUGUCUGGCCCCCCACACCACUGACCUCACCGAGGGAGACCCCAACACGGCCGCCACAGAGGACCCCUCAGCCAAUCAUAACUUUGUGGUUCAGGUGGACAACUCUCCAGAUGGUGAUAAACAUCACAAGCGAGAAAACAUCUCCUCCCCAACUCCCGCUUUAUCCCUUUCCCCAUCUCCCCAAGUGGUGCGGCCCAAGGAACGCUCGCUGUGUUCUACUGACCCCUGCAGGCCGUUCCAGGGACUGCAGGACGUGGCACUGCUGGAGUUGGGAUCAAGCAGCAGAGGCAACAACCACCGGGCCAGCAGCCUGUCCCCAGCCACCGAGCGCCGCUGCAGCAACAGGCAAGACAAGGACUGCGACAGGGAGAGGGAUAGAAACAGGGAGAGGUGCAGGGACAAGGGCAAGCACCACAAGAGGCAAUCCCAGGGCAGGACAAAGGCUAAGGGGGACAAGGGGGCUUCGGUGGGGCAGGCCGAGGGGACUCUGGGGGUGUUUGGGGAGAGAGCCGUGGAGAAAGGCGGGGGUGAGGGCUUUGCCCAGGAGAGGGAGAACAUGCACGCCCUGGAGGUGACACAGUACUUCUUUGAGGCGGUGUCGACCCAGAUGGAGCACUGGUAUGAAAGGAAGAUCCAGGAAGCCAGGUGGCAGGCAGACCAGAGGGCCCAGGCAGACAGGGCUGUCCUGCUGGAGAAGAUCACCUACCUGGAGGACGAGCUACUCAUGCUCAGGACUAACAGGCAUGACGACAGCUAACACAGGCACACCACUGCAGAGUUUAGAGUUAAACCUUCAGAACAGCAAAAAUCAUCAUCUGAGCUCAUUACAGAUGGCGACCUGGAUCCAGUGGACCCACUGACCAAAAUAAUUGUCAUUGACCGAAUUUAGCUGAUUUCAUACUUAUGGCAAAUAAUGUCAUUCAACAGUAUAAAAUCAUCUGUAUAGUAACUUAUUUUAAAGACAUGUUAUGGCAUGCCAGACAAUUCAGUAGAAUGUGGUCUUGUUAUUAAUGUGUUUUGUUCUAUACAUCUGGGCAGCUCCUGUGUUUGUGCUUUGUAAAACCCCUAGAUUUACUGAUAGUUAUUUACAGUGGAUUUUGUCAUGGUGCCAUCAUGGAACUGAUGCACGUACACACCUGGGCACAAUGUUACGCUGUCCUAAAGUCAACAUGCCAAUACUUUUUAUCCUGUGAUGAGAAAGCCUGUUAUGUGAAAAAUUCUGGCAGUUUGCUUAUGGAAAAUGUGGGUAAUUUUUUGUGACAUUGUGAAUUUGUAUUCAAUGAGAGAGUAGAGAAAGACUAGCGCAGACAGCUUCAGAAAUAGUUGAGUUAGCCAGGAUGCUUAAAAUAUCAGUAGAAUAAGCUACUGCAAGCUUUCAUACAGGUAUGUGACUUACAAGGGUAACAUAACUCACGAGAAUACAGCCAAACUGACAAUGUCUUAACUGUUAAGAAAACUUGACCUUUCAUAACUUUAGUACUCAUACACUUUUGUGCCAACCCACUACUGUAUAUUUCUUUGAUGGUAAAAACCAUAACAUCCUAAUACUUGUCCUUAGCACUAAAAUGAGUUACUGUUAAGACCCUGUUUGCAUGAUGAAAAGUAUUUUUGUCUUCUGAAAUAGACCUGUGCAUACAGUAAAUUAGUUAGUGCUCAUGUGUGACAUUUGUUCUGUUCAUGUGUGAGGUUGUGGUACAUUGAUGUCUUUGUUGAUAUGAACAUACAUUCAGUGUAAUAAAGUAGAUGUAAAAUGUAUUUAGUAAAAAAAACUAUAGACAAAC